AUGUAUAUGCAUAACUUGAGUAGAGUUAUUACAAUAAUUCCAAAUGAUUCUGUGGAAUUAUUGUCGAAUAAUAGUAGUAAUAUCACGAAUCAAAGUGCUAUUUCUGCUACUACCAUUAAUAAUGGUGGAAAUGUAAUAAAUAAUGAUGAUUCGGAUAUUGAUACAUUGGUGGAUGAAAUUGUAAAUGGAGAACAAGUGGAUGAAUACUUUUUUAAUUGUGCAGGUUUAAUUUCGAAUUUGGAAUAUGUUAAACAAGUGAUAGAAAAGAAGAAAACUGGAAAUUUGAUUGAUUUGAUGGGUAGGAAUAUAUUACAUCAUGCCUGUAAAUGGGGAAACUUGAAUAUUGUCCAAUAUGCCAUUUCGAAAGGAGUUUCGGUUAAUUUGAAAGAUAUCCAUGGAAACACUCCAAUUCACUUUUGUUGUGAGGAAGGUUAUACUGAUAUUGUGACGUGUUUACUUCAUCAUCCAAAUAUUAAAGCAACAUUGAAGAAUAAGGACGGUGCAACACCAAAGAGAAAGGCUCAAUAUUCUGGCUAUUCAAACGUAGUUCUCUUACUGGAAAGAUAUUUGGGCAAUAUUUAUCUGUUUAAGGAAAAUUUGAAAAAUCAAGUAAUUGAUGUUGAGGAAACUUAUUCCAACUACAAAUUGAUUUCGGAUACAAGCCAGACUAAUAACAUUCCAUCUUCUCUAUCAUCAACAAGUUCCACCUCAUCGGAUAAAUGUAAAACAACUAAUCCCUUCAUAUUUUCCCUUCCUACACCAUUCUUUCACUGGGCAGAAUCGGAUUUCAAUAACAUUGGUUCGAAAGCUUUUUAUGAAAAUAAUUGUUUACAAAUUGAACAAGUAAAUAGAUAUAAUGGAUAUAUUCCAUAUGAUCAAGUCAAGAAAUCUCUCACCACCACUUCGACAACAUCUAAUAUUGCAGAAUUUUUAAUCAUUGACGAUUAUUCACUUUUCAAAUUGUGGAAAGACAAUAUUACAAACUUCAAGCUCAUUUCACAAUUUGCCAAAUCAACGAAUCUAAUUCUAAUGUCCAAGAAGGAAAAACAAAUUACAUCGAUGAGAGAUUUGAAAAAUAAGAAGGUUGCUGUUUGUCAACAUCAUUUGGAAUAUUUGAUUUAUGAAUUAUAUAAACUAGGAAUGAGUUUGAGUGAUAUUAAAUAUGAGAUUGUAAAUUAUGACCUCAUGUAUAUGAGGGUUUUAUAUGAAGAUAUUGAUGCAUACUUUGUGGAUGAUCGAUACAUUUUCACACAAGUGAGAAAGACAACUACAACUCUUUAUUAUCCUAGAGAGUUUAAUAUUAUUGAAUCAUCACUCAAUUAUACAAAGGAUGGAAUCAACAUGUUCAGAUAUGGUAUUAUUGUGAAAGAUAAUCCAAGUGUUAGUGGGCUUGAAGAAAUUACAAGAAGAUUCUUACUGACACAAACUCAAAUGUACACCUUUUGUAGAGAUAAUCCUUUGGAGUGUUUUGAAAGAUGGGUCGUCUAUGAUUACAUGAUUGAUAAUUUGAACAAUUUAUUGUGGCCUUCUAUUGAUGGUUUUGGAAAUAUUAGUAGAGUUUCAAUUACAAAUUCAAUGUCUAUAUAUUUGGGAAGAAAUCCAACUUCAACAGAAUCAAAAAUAUUUAUCAACCAGUUUGUCAAUUCAACCAUAAUGGAUGAGAUUAUUUCGAAUUGUACUGAUAAUUUGUGUACAGGCAUAGAUGGAUCUGUAUUGAAUAUUACAGGACUUGCCUAUUCAGAUGCAACUCCAACAUUUUGUGAGGAUUACAUAUUCCCAUAUCCACUCUCUUGUAAGAGAUAUUACUUGUACUUUAGAUUGUACUGCUCAUUUGUUCCAUUCCUUAUUGGUUCCCUAAUUAAUUUGAUAUUUGCUGUCAUUGUUCCAUUCAUGAGAAGUGAACACUUGAUGAAGCAUCGUUUCAUAGCCCCAUUUGUAACACCAGUUUGCUUUUCAGGAUUUUUACUCUUCUCUGCUAUAUUAUUUUGCAGGUUUUCCUAUUUUCCUGAGAAUGUCAUUUACGGUUUGGCAAGUGCCUGUAUCGUUACAGUUAUUAUUACACGUUCCAUGAAUGUGAUUCGUUACUUUUAUGUGAGAAAUAUGUUCAAGCUCAUGAAAAAGAGGAAUAAGAAUGAAAAUAAUGGAUCAGCAUACAAUUUCUCAAUGAAAGAAGAUAAGGAAGUAUUGGAUAGGAAUAUUCGGUUUCACAGAGUUGCAGCAUCCAAAUUGGUCUUUGUUAUUAUUUGGAUAGUACUGGUAGUACUUAUUGCUCCGUCAUUUUUCAUAGCUCAAUACUAUGCUCCGGAGAAUUAUAUUAUAAGAAAUGGAAUUUCCAUUAUUGUCUAUGUAUUGGCAACAUUUUUCAUGGUUUUCCUCUUUAUUUUUGAUUUGAUUGUUAAUAGAAAGAGAUUGAAAAAGAGAGGUUUCAUUUCCUUCAUUCUAUUCGACGAUCCACUAUUGUACAGAUUGGAAUUAUUAUUGUGUGGGUUUGAAUUGAUUUCAAUUGUUUGGAUUUCUCUCAGUGAUUACUAUGUCUAUAACAUUGCUGCCUUCUCUGCACAAGCUGUUGGUUUCCUUUCUUUGGGCCUUUCUGGUGCUGUAACAUGGUCUUAUGGAUUUGCAGCAGCUGUCAUUCUCUAUAGACGUGGCAAGAAGUUUAUCAUGUCCAAAGUUUAUAGAAGAAGAGCAAUGAAAAGUAAUUCAAACCUCUCUACAGAAUUGAGUGGAAGUGCAAUCCAAGCUGAUUUCUUGGAAAAGUUAAUUGAAAAUGAUGAUUUUUAUUCUCUUCUUGAAGAUUAUGCUAAGAAGGAAUUCUCAUCGGAAAAUCUCUUCCUUUACAAUAUACUGAGACAAUAUAGAAAAAGGAGAGAACUCUACAUUUCGGAUUUACUGUUCAUUUACAAUAAUUAUGUAAAGAAUUAUUCACCAUUUGAAGUGAACGUCUCCUCUGAAACUAAGAAGAGCGUUAGAGAAAUUCUCUACACUUACCAUAUGAUUGAGUCAGCAACUUCUAAAGACAGAUUCUCUAAAAGAAUCACCCAAUUUCCAACAGAUAUUUUCCCAAAUUAUGAUUCAUUCUCGGGAGCUACUCCUUAUCAGGCCUUUGAUGAUGUUCAUUCAUCGCCAAAACUUGCAAGUAAGGCGACCAUGCCACCUUCAUUUCAGAAUAACAACUCUCCAAUGAUGGGUCGAUUUAAAGAUAGUUUCAGAAAGCUAUCAUCUGUUUCAGAUAGUGAAGCAAGUAGGGGGGAUGAUCUUGUUGGAGAUGACGCAGAUAUAGGAUCAGAUCAAAGCAGAACUCCUAGAAGAAGUACUGUAAGUGGAGGGGGACCAGUUAUUCCAUUCAAUCAAAUUCAAGCACUUUACAAUGAUGUUACACAGAAUGUUAUGGAUACUUUCAGUAGAUUAUGUGAAACGAGUGAAUAUCAGCAAUGGGAAUCCCUUAAUAAUAUGGCAUUGUUCAUCUCCAAUAAGGAAUUGGCUUGA